GCCAUGCCGGCCGGGACAGCCCUUGCCCUCGCGCUCCUGGCCCUGACCUGCAGCACCCGCGGGGGCCUGGCCGUGCCCCGGGUCACAGACUGCAGCCUCGCCUGCUCUCCGGGCUUCGUCUGCAGGCGUCACGUGACCCGGGACGUCCUGAGCAGCUUCUGCCGGCAGCCCCCCGCGGCCGUGCCCCGGCCGGUCCUGGGGGCCCUGACCGUCUCCACCGCCAUGAGCUGUGCCCCCCCGGGCGGCUGCUCCCUGCUGCUGCAUGUGCAGGCCUCCGUCCGGCUGCAGGAGAGCCUGCGGGGCCUGGAGGCCUGCGCCCAGAGCAUGGACACGCAGGAGACACGCUGCCAGGGCGUGCGCGUCCCCGGAGGCUCCCGCCGGCGCCAGGCGGGGCAGGAGCUCCAGGUGCACUUCGACUGCUUCGAGGUCAGUGCAGCCCAGAGCGUCCACGUCACCCUGAGGCCUGUCCCCCACUUCUGCGGGGUGCAGCUGGAACAGCAGUACCACGUGGAAGACUGUGGAGACGAGGACGUGAGGCGGAACCUGCCGGAAUGCCGUGCCGGGAAGCUGUCCUACCGGGUGGAUCGCAGCCGCAAGGUCGUCCUGGUGCAGCUGCCCGAGGCCCCUGAGGGCACCGACCACUAUGUGCGGCUCUGCCUCAAGUGGUCCGCCUGCGAGGACGCGGGCGCCCUGGUGCAGGUGGCUGCGAACAGCAUCUCGGGGGUGGUCGCCCUGCCCUACAGCCAGGAGCUGCCCUGCCUGUGCCUGGAGAGCUGGUCUGCGAUCCCGGACGCAGUGCGGACCUGGACCUGCCCCUUCGAGCUCGACACAGAGGCGCUGUGGGCAGCUGUCCACUACCAUCCGGCCAGCCAGGCGCUAAGCUGGGAGCCGGCCUGCCCGCUGAGCGGCCUCGUGAGCCUGUGCUGGCGCCCGGGGCCUGGGCCCCGCUGCCUGGAGCUGCAGGACUCCCGGCGGCCGGCCCACGGCAGGGUGCAGUACUCCCUGGUGGACACCCAGCCCCAGCUCUGCCUCCAGUUCUCCACCAGCCUGGGCUUCCAUGUGAGGUGCCCCUUCCAGCAGCCACGCUUCCCAGCCUGGAAGAUGACCGUCGGCCCAGCACCGUCCGGGACCCACCUCCGCGUCGCCUUCUCCUCGCCCGGCCCCGCCCGCUUCCGAGUGAGCCUGUGCCGUGGGCGGGAGACGUGGCCCCCGGCCUGCCACCAAGCCCUGCAGGCCCCCACCCUCCCCGCAGCCUCGGCUGACGGCACGGAGGACCCUGCCUUUGUGGACGUUCCCAGGGACGAGGCCUGUGGGCCUGACACGUGCAUCCAGGGCUGGAGAGCCGACCUGCACUUCUCAGCCCCCCAGCAGCUGUGCGGCGCCCGGUGCUGAGCCGGGAGGUGCCUCA